AUGGAACGUGUGUUAGUAGCUCUUGGACUAAUAUUGCCGUCCUUUCUGUGCACGCCCAGAAAAAGCGAUCCAAGACUGAGGCAUAAAGCCAAUAGUGGCGUCCGAGGGGACGUGCUACAUUUUACCUUUGGUGAAGGCAUCACCAAGUUCCAUGUCAGCAACGCCACGCUUUUUGUAUUUUUAAGGGGGACGGACAGGCGGCCUCUGCCAGAUGUCAACGUCGAAGUCUUUAAGGUAUUUGAAGCGAACUUGCUCAUAGACUGA